UGCUCUUAAUCAUUUAACAAGAAAAGGAAAAACUUCCGUACGAGACGAGCAAAAGCGAACAGCUAGAACACAAAAAGAAUUAUUGACAAUGGCUGCUUCCUCGAGAGCUUUGCUCAAAGUACGUGAUAGUUUAGUAACCGCUGUGCGAUAUGCUGCUGCUAGCACGCAAUACAACAAAACUCGACCUAAUUUAUUGCUGACGGAAAAUUCACGUGUCAUCUGUCAGGGUUUCACCGGCAAGCAGGGAACCUUCCAUAGUCAACAAGCUUUGGAAUAUGGCACGAAACUAGUGGGUGGCAUUUCACCAAAAAAAGGCGGUACUCAACAUUUGGGUUUGCCUGUGUUUAAAAAUGUGGCCGAAGCGAAAAAGGCGACUGAUCCUCAUGCUACCGUAAUUUAUGUGCCACCAGCGGGUGCAGCUGCUGCUAUAUUGGAGGCUUUGGAAAAUGAAGUUCCUUUAAUUGUUUGCAUUACCGAGGGCGUACCACAGCAUGAUAUGGUGCGCGUUAAGCAUGCUCUGUUGACUCAACAAAAAUCUCGUCUAGUUGGUCCUAAUUGUCCAGGCAUCAUUGCCCCUGAAAGAUGUAAAAUUGGCAUCAUGCCCGGUCACAUACAUAAACGUGGCAAAAUUGGUGUAGUCUCCCGAUCGGGUACCUUGACCUAUGAGGCUGUCAAUCAAACAACUGAAGUUGGCUUAGGUCAGACGUUAUGUGUUGGCAUUGGCGGCGAUCCAUUCAAUGGUACCGACUUCAUUGAUUGUCUCGAAAUUUUCCUUAGAGAUCCAGAUACCAAGGGUAUUAUCUUGAUCGGUGAAAUUGGUGGUGUUGCUGAAGAAAAAGCAGCCGAAUAUCUAUCAUAUUUUAAUACGGGUAUGAAAGCUAAACCUGUAGUCUCGUUUAUUGCUGGUUUAUCGGCGCCACCUGGGCGUAGAAUGGGCCAUGCUGGUGCUAUUAUUUCUGGUGGUAAAGGAGGUGCUGGUGAUAAGAUCAAAGCUUUGGAGAAAGCUAAUGUAAUUGUUACCCGGAGUCCUGCUCAAAUGGGCAAAGAACUUCACAAGGAAAUGAAACGUUUAGAGUUAGUUUAGAUUUUAACUUUGCAACAAGGGCAAAUUCAAGAGAAAAGCUUAAUGAAAUGAACUAUAUUUUACAAAAUAUUGCAAUAAGAAUAAAGUUUUUUUUUUUAUUUCUUUUUAAUUGCAUCCGUAUAUAAAUCGAAAUAAUGUAAUGCUAUUAUUGCCUUUAGCCAAUAUUUUUUAAAUAAUUAGCAGAUGGAUGAACAGUAAAAAAAA